GAUGGCGGACGUAGUUUAUAACGAUCAAGCUCCAGAGCGGGGAAAUCAGGGAACUGAAAAGGCGACGGAAAUAUCCGGAAGCAGUACAGCUCGACUAAUGAUUACAAAAAUAGUUAAUGAAAACUUUAAGUCUUACGCGGGAACGCAAGAAUUGGGGCCAUUUCAUAAGAAUUUCUCUUCCAUUGUUGGCCCCAAUGGAAGCGGAAAAUCGAACGUUAUUGAUGCGAUGUUGUUCGUGUUUGGUUACCGCUCGAAAAUGAUUCGCACAAAGAAAGUUUCACAACUGAUACACAACUCAGAAAACCAUCAAAAUGUCCAGAGCUGCACAGUUGCCGUUCAUUUUCAAAAAAUCAUUGAUAUGCCUGGAGAUGAUUAUGAAGUUAUAGAAGGAAGUCAAUUUGUUGUGUCUCGCACAGCCCGUAAAGACAAUAGUUCGGACUAUCAUGUUAAUGGUCGUAAAGUUCCUUUCAAGGAGGUGGCAAGACUUCUUAAAGAUUGUGGAAUUGAUUUAGAUCAUAACAGGUUUCUCAUUUUGCAGGGAGAAGUUGAACAAAUUUCCAUGAUGAAGCCAAAAGCACAGUCAGAGCAUGAAGAAGGAAUGCUUGAGUACUUAGAAGACAUCAUAGGAUCAAGUCGUUUCAAGGAGCCAAUAGAACAACUAGCCAAUGAGGUGGAAAGAUUAAAUGAAGCUAGAGGAGAAAAGCUCAACAGAGUCAAAGCUGUAGAAAAAGAGAAAGAUGAGUUAGAGGGAUCCAAGAAUGAAGCACUAGAAUACCUUAAUAUGGAAAACUCCAUUACAAAACAAAGGAACGUGUUAUUCCAAAGAUACAUAUACGAAUGCAUUUUAAAUGAAGAGAAAGCUAUAGAGAAGAGAGAUGAAAUCAAACAAGGAUUUGAUGAAUUAAAGAAAGAACUUGAUGCUUUUACAGAUAAGAAGAAAGCACAGAUCAAGGAAUACAAGAAGGCAACAAAGAAAUAUGAAGAACUUUUUAAGGUGGCUGAGGAUACCAAGAAGAACUUUUCAGCUUAUGACAGAGAUGACUUAAAACUGCGGGAAGAAUACAAACAUGCAAAACAAAAUCAAAAGAAGAUGCAGAAAAAUCUUGAGAAAGAAAAAAAGAAGUUGGAAGAAUUUAAGAGUAUACCUGAUGAGAAUGCAAAAGAGUUGCAGCAAUUGCAAAAGAAAAAAGACGAUCUUGAGUUGAAAAGAAAAUUGGAAGAAGAGAAACUUGCAGAAGUGAUGGCAGGCUUAAAGAGUGAAACAGAGGGCCUUCAAACAGAAAAGGAGGCAAAAGAAACAAAGUUGCUGGACUUAAACAAAAUUGUUAAUGAAGCUAAGUCAAAGAUGGAUGUGGCCAGGGGUGAGCUAGAAAUUUACAAGAAUCAAUAUGAGACUGCCAUGGACCAGGUCAAAGAAGCCACAGAUAAUUUAAACAAUGCUGUAGAGACCAGAUCACAACGAAAGGGAGAAAUACAAUCUCUGCAAGAUGAAAUUGCAGAAUUGAGGGAAAGGCUAAAAAUAGCAGAAGCAGAUUUGGCAAAGGCUAUUACAGGAGAAAAGAAAGCAUCUGAUGAGCUUCGUAGCAUAAGAACCAAAGUUGAGGAAGCAAGAAGUUCCUUGCAAGCUUCACAUAGCAGAGGACAAGUGUUGGAGGCUCUCAUGCAGCAAAAAGCAUCCGGAAAGAUUCCAGGAAUUCUGGGUCGUCUGGGAGAUCUUGGUGCAAUUGAUGAUAAAUAUGAUGUAGCCAUCAGUACAGCAUGUGGAGCAUUAGACAACAUUGUUUGUGACAGUAUUGAUACUGCUCAGAAGUGUAUUACCUUCCUCAAGCACAACAAUAUAGGUUCUGGUACUUUUAUUGGUCUUGACAAGGUAGAGAAAUGGAGGAAAGAUGCAUCUAAUAAAAUCAAAACGCCACAGAAUGUCCCACGUUUAUAUGACUUGGUUCAAGUGAAGAAUGACCAAAUACGCACUGCUUUCUUCUUUGCUCUGAGAAACACCCUUGUUGCUGAUGAUCUGAAGCAAGCUACAAACAUAGCCUUUCAGGGAUCCAACAGAUGGCGUGUAGUGACAUUACAAGGUGAAAUUAUCGACCAGUCAGGCACAAUGAGUGGUGGUGGAAAUAAAGUUGUCAAGGGAAGAAUGGGGUCUUCUAUUGUUUCUGAUGUAAAUCCUAAUCAGCUUAAAGCCAUGGAAAAGACUCUGGAGAAAGAGACCAAGGCAGCUGAGGAGUACAGAGAAGCAAAGAAGAGGCUAGAAGAAAUAGUAGACGAGCUGAAGAAAGAGCUGUCCGCUGCAGAACACCAAUUACAGAAAAAUAAUAUGGAGAUCAAGGCUUUGGAUGACCAGGAGGAGAAUUUGAGGCAGCAAAUAGUUCAUCUUAAAAACAAAGUGGUUGAAAAUACUCCGGAUGAAACAAGGCUUAAAGUGCUUGAAGACUCAGUUACAACUCACGAGAAAGAAUGGCGAACAGCAGUGUCAUCAUCAACUAGAAUAGAAACAGAAGUACAGAAACUUCACAAACAAAUUAUGGAGAUUGGUGGUUCAAAGCUCAAGAUGCAACAGGAUAGGGUGGAUGUAUUGACCAAUGCUGUAGAUGAAGUAGUCGGACAAAUGACCAAAGCAAAUGUUGCUAUCAAGACUUGUCACAGGAACACAAGAAAGGCUGAGGGUACAGUUGAGUCACUCGAGAGAGAAAUUGGAGAAAACUCUGCCAACAUCCAGAAGUUAGAGGAAGAUUUCAAGACACUGGAGGAAAAAGCCACUAAAGUGUUAGAGGACUAUGAAAAGGCUCAGGAAGAAAUGUUGGCAAUGGAAGAAUCUUUAGAGUUUUUGAAGAAGGAAGUGGCAGUAGUUGAGCAGGAGGAGACCAAAAUGAAGAGCAAGGAGGUUGAUAUUAAGCAUGAAGUGGAAAAAUAUGAGUCAGUUUUAAAAGAGAACCAACAGAAAGUUAAACACUGGCAGAAGGAGUUGAGUAGGUUGACACUUGUAUCAGCGAGUGUCAUUGCUGAAGCUGAGGCAGAUGAGGGUCUUCCAACUCUAUCACGUGGUGAACUUGAAGGGAUUGAUAAGGAAACUGUUAUGUAUGAGAUCACUGUUUUGGAGGAGAAAUUGAAACAAAUGAAGCCCAACAUAGCAGCCAUUGCAGAGUAUCGCAAAAAGGAAGAAGCAUACCUGGAUCGAGUUAAGGAUCUUGAUGAGGUGACGGUACAACGUGACCAUAAAAGGAAAGAACAUGAUACUAUGCGUAAACAGCGCCUUGAUGAGUUCAUGGCUGGAUUUUCUGUCAUUACUACCAAGCUGAAAGAAAUGUAUCAGAUGAUUACUCUCGGUGGUGAUGCUGAAUUGGAGUUGGUUGACAGCCUUGAUCCCUUCUCUGAAGGAAUUGUAUUCAGUGUGAGGCCACCAAAGAAGAGCUGGAAGAAUAUCUCUAAUCUGUCUGGUGGAGAGAAGACUCUGAGUUCACUGGCUCUGGUAUUUGCUCUUCAUCAUUACAAGCCAACACCCCUUUAUGUGAUGGAUGAAAUUGAUGCAGCCCUUGACUUCAGAAAUGUUUCAAUUGUUGCAAAUUAUAUCAAGGAGAGGACAAAAAAUGCUCAGUUUAUAAUAAUCAGCCUGCGAAACAAUAUGUUUGAGUUGGCUGAUCGUUUAAUUGGUAUAUUUAAAACUGAUAAUUGUACAAAGAGUGUCGCAAUCAAUCCACAACUAAUAGCAUCUGAAGCCUGAUAUUGCUACUGCAUGAUGGUAUGUUCAUACAGCUGCAUCAAUUCAGGACAAAUGGGAUGAAGCAAGUUAGAAAGUGGUUGAUCCUAGGUAUCUGGGAAGUAUCAAGCUAUGAAUGUAGUGACUAGGGCAAUAAGUGUAAAAGUUUCAGUAGCUAAGUUGUUUUUUUCACAGUUUUCUGAAUUUGUAUUAGUGAAAGGUUGGUGUGUGUAUAGCUGUAAUAGAAGUAGUUACAAACAUAUGUUAAUAGAAAUAAACUACACAUAAUAACCAAACAUCCAAGGUUACAGAGAAGUACUUUAAAUCACUAGAGAUAAGAAAUUCAAAACUACCAUUUAGUAGUGCACUUUGGAAAGCCAAAUGCAGGGGCACACAUGCAGUUAAUGUAAGCAUGCCCAUUCAAUCUUUGUUUCUAGUAUUGAGGGUUUACAUACAACCUACCAAUGCCUUUGUUUUAAGUUCUAAGUUAGUGUUGGUAAUUGCUGUUAUUAAUGAUCCACUAGUUUACUGAACAGUAACAUUAAAAGAACACAGUCUACAAAGAGAUUGCAUCAUUUAUUAAUAGGUAAGUCCAUUUACAUGAUGGCUUCAUUAUGCACAGUCAACAGAGUUCAGCACACAUCCCUCCACUUUGAUAAUGGGGAAAAAAACCGUUACACAUUUCUUUAUAUGUAUUAAAGUCCCUUAUUUACACUCAACAACCAUCAGGUCCACUGAAGUACAACUGCACUGUUAAUUCAAAUAUUUGAAUAAAGGAGCCUGUUUUGUAGCACCUGCCUCAUAAAUAAAUUAAUCUGAUGGAAACUACCAUCCAACCUGGAACAACAGCAAUUAUUCAAAGUAUUGUCUACUGGAAAGUAAUCUUUGCAAAAGUUAGUUUGAGCCAAACUAAAAGUUAAUUGGAACCAAACCCCAGUAUAUGCAUUAAGUCCUCUUCCACCCAAACCUGUCUAGUAAAUGACUACAGUUAAGGUCAUUUUUUUCUUUUCAUCUUAGACUCAAUGAGGAUAAGAAAUGAUAAUUAAAAUGUCUUUAGAGAACCAAUUGAAAUAAAUCUACAGGAAAACAAACUGUAAAACUAUAUUGCAACAUAGAUAAAUGGUUUAUUUCAUGUGCAAGCUGUAUUUUUUGUAAUACCUAUUAAUUUUA